AUGACACCUGAGCAGAAAGCAAUCACCAAUGCCAAAUCGCUUUUCGCGCAGCUAAACAAUGGAGACCAGUUGUUCCAAAGCUGCGUUAGCCAGACGACAAGCGUCUCGCAGCUCAUACAACACGUUGAUGAAGAACAGCGCAAACACAAAAAUAAGGCUUUGCCAAAACCGCUAGACGUGGAUGACGGAUCCGAAGUUCUGAGAAUGGUUGACGAAUAUGAGGAUGGUGUAGGUAGUGGAGAAGAUUCUGAGUUUGCAGAAGAUGACAAAGAAGAUGACAUAACAGAAGAAGAGGAUUUGGACGCAGAUGCUGAAAAUGAAGCAGAUACUGAAAAUGAAGCAGAUACUGAAAAUGAAGCAGGAGUCGACGGGGAGGAGAAGUUCGAGUUUUGCCAAACGUGGGGGCUUUGUCAUGUGCACGAGAUAUUCGCGGAAUAUCUGGUCACUGGCCAACAUCUUGAAGAUGAAGGAAUGCAGACCGAAGCAGAGCCAGUGUAUUCCCCUUUGGCAUUGCUAGAAUGUGCGAUUGAGUCGUGGGAUUGA